AUGCCGAAGGACGCCUGGCAGGCUGCUCAGGCCGCCGAGCAGGCGUAUGGGGCUGCAACGAAGUCCUCACAGCGCACGGCGGCUGCUGUCCUGCGCUGCCGCGCAGAUCGCGGCGAGCAAAUCACCCUUCACGCUCAGGCGGAGACCGCCUACAAAGCUUCGCUGGCCACCUUACACACGGAGCAGCAGGGCAUCUUGGAGACUGCCAAGCCGAAGGGCCAUAGCAGCAACAAUCUCAUCAUUGGCAACGACAUCUUCGAGACCACCGAGAAGAAGACAUUCGCGCAGUACCGCGCAGAGUUCGAGCAGGCGCACCCUGCGCUCGAGACUUCGGUCAAGAAGCUGCAGGCUUUCACGGACGACAUCGAGGCCUUCAACACCGAGCGCAUCGCCUAG